UGUGGAGCCAGAAUUAACGUUAAAUGAGUGGAAUGAGCGGCGAAUUUCAUAUAUAAAUGAAUUCCUUAAAGGUGGAAAAGUUUCCUCCGUGCUUACAAUGGCCCCUUUUAAAUCAGCCAAACUCUGGCUUUUUCUUUACCUUCUUUUUUCCUAUUUUACUUACCCGUAAAAAGGGUCAAGUGCUCAGUUAAAAUACACAGUGUAUAAUUUUAUAGCCUUUUCCCGGAGGAGGCUCCUGCAGUUGGUGUGGAGGAGCAGCAGCGCACAGAUCAGUUUCAGUCUUUGUCAGAUGCUGAAUGGGGCGGAGGAAGAAAACUCAUUAGGGUCCUAUAAAAAGAAAGUAUCUGAGAUCGUUAAGGAGCCUGCAGGAGAACUGUGAGCCACUCAGAGCCGGACGGAGACACGGUGGAGACCUCCUCACACACUCCUUUAUCCUGAAAGUUCCCCAUAACUCCAUCAGUGCGCUCUGUGAGUGGCGCAUGGACGGUGCCGGGGCGCACGCUUCUCACUGAGAAAUAAACCAUAGGUUGUUCCACAGGAUAAAUCUUUUUAUUAUUUUUUAAAAAUUGAAUUUAGAAGAUGCUCGUCUCGGCUUGGAGUAAAUGCUGCAUUGCGAUGCUUGUCGUCGCUUCUGUGAGGACGGAGGCAUCCCAGCUGUCAGAGGCGCGUCCAAAAGCGAACUCCAUCAAGCCCUCUUCCCUGGAGGAGACUCCGACACCAGCAGGGAACCGGUCCGCUCCGGUCACCAGGAAGCACCGGCUCCUCCCGCAGGUGUAUCCAUGCAGUAACGACAAGGAGUGCAGUGUUGGCAGCUAUUGCCACAGCCCCCAGCAAGCUCCGUCUCGCUGCCUGUCCUGCCGCAGGAGGAAGAAGCGCUGUCACCGAGAUGCCAUGUGCUGCCCCGGGAACCGCUGCAGUAAUUAUAUUUGUGUCUCCAUCUCUGAGAGUGUGCUGUCACCUCACAUCUCUGCAAUAGAUAAUCCCAACGUGCUGUCUACCAAAGACCACAGUUGGAGGAAGAAAGGCAGGGGCCAGGCUAAGCAUGUACUAAAGGGUCACGAGGGCGACCCUUGCUUACGCUCAUCAGACUGCUCGGAGAGCUACUGCUGCGCCCGUCACUUCUGGACCAAAAUCUGCAAACCGGUGCUGCGGCAGGGAGAGGUGUGCACUAAGCAGAGGAAGAAAGGCUCUCAUGGCCUGGAGAUCUUCCAGCGUUGUGACUGUGCCAAGGGUCUCUCCUGCAAGGUGUGGAAAGAUGCCACCUCCUCAUCCAAGUCCAGGCUCCACAUGUGCCAGAAGAUCUGAAGCCGAGGCAGCUGCCACAGGCGCUGAGGCCUCUGUCUCCAUCUGCCACGGAAAGUUUUAAGAAAAGAAUAGCUUGUGGCUGCACUGAAAGGGAGAAAAAGACAGAGACUAACAAGAGACAGAACAGAGUGCUGCUGCGUGGGUUCAAAAACUCUGCAAGCGGAUAGCAAAUGGAAACGCUCUGAUGUGUUUGCUCUGAGCCGCCGUCACUGCACUCACGCAAGCACACAUCUUCAAGACACACAAGCAUGCAUUCUCCUCGCAGCUUUUAGAGAUGUAAGAGCUUUGCCCCAUUAAAAAAUAAAACUCCCUGAUAAUGUUCAGGGAGCCUCAAAGAUAGCUGGAAGAUGCUGUGAAGGGUGUGGACUUUGUCCAGGUGGAGACAAAAGAUGUAGCAGAUGUAUUUUUUAAGCUAAAAUACAUAGAACAUAAUCAUUACAAGCAUCUAAAGUCAGUUACUUUAAAUAUUUUUAAUUCAUUAUUCCCAUAUUUCUUAAUUGUUGAUUUAUCUUUGAAAACUAUCAUCUGCAUCCUUUAAACUGCUCUAUACUGUUAAUAUGCAUACAUCUAACGCCUCAAAGCAGAGAAUUACAGAACAUUCACGUUGUAGUUAAUGAGUUUCAUCUGUUGCGUUCGCUCAGCAGACGAGAGAUAAAGCAUCAUUGUGCUCGCUCUGGAAGCCUUGGUUGAUCUGACAGAUACAGCUGUGAUCUGUUGGGAUAAGAGUUGAAACAGUUUGUGUGUGAGGUGGAACUCCACUGCAGACUCCGUGGUACCGAUACCAGACGGAAAGAGGCUCUGUUUUCCCAAUCACAUUAACGAGACUCAAGGAUAGAAGGGAUUUCAAGUUAGAUUUUAUUUCCAUUUGCGAAGGCCGUAGGAAUGGAGCCGUGGGGAGAUUCAUUACAUAAACUGAUGCGUUCAAAGAGAAAAACUGCCGUUUGAUUCUUUGUUUUGCUGUUGGCCCAGAGCCCUGUUUAUUUUUCAGCCUUUUAAAUAUGACCACAUACUUUCUUCUCAUGAAAUAUCGUGAAACUUAAUUUUGUGCUGGAUGUUUUUUUAACAGCCCUAACCCUUAAACAGACACUCAUAGCAUCACUUUAAAGCAUACAUCUUGUAACCAUUUGAAAUAUCAAUAAGCUCUUUUAUGUACAUAGACUGGAAGCAAUGUAUUUAAGAAUAGAUGUAUAUCAUGUACAGACAAAUCCUGAACGGUAUAGCGUAACGAUCCAGGAGAGGAGAAACAGUGAAUAACGAGGGUAGAGAUAAAUAUGUUUGACUGAUUUUACAGGACAGCUUUAACAGGUUGAACAAUAAUUCCUGAACUAUUUUGUGUAAAUGGUGUGAAGAUGAUUUUUUUUUUUAUUGAUCGAAGAAUAAAAUGAAUGUAUUUUGUA